UGUGUCUAAACUUUACAUUUCUAAAGGUAACAAACGUUGCUUGGUUACAAGGAUUUGAAGCUGCUAGAGAAGCAAUUUAAUCAAGUGGAUAAUAACAGGAAAGCGUGACAGGCAGCGUUGUCACACAAUACUAAUUUGCGUGAACAUAUUGCAAGACGAAAUCUCAGAGAUCUUCCUGUUACCAUUUUAUAGUAAAAAAAACCCCUUGGAUCCAGUAUGAUCUGUCUAGCAUAUUUUUCCACAAAUGCUACAUUUGUUGCAUUGCCGUAGGACAGCCCAGUUAGUGGUGUGUGAAAUUUUGUUUACAAAUGAUAUAUGCUAAUUCUAAUGUAUUGGUUCGCUGCGGUGAAAUCGACAAGUUGCCAGUAGGAAGCCAUUAAAGAUCAACCAUGGCUCCACCAUGUGUGGAAAACAAAAAGCUCUCGAAGGAGCGAUCAAAGCAAAAAGCAGUGAAGAAGGAUUCCAAAUCAUCUCUUCCAACAACAGCUCUAGCAGUCGCCGCGACCGCUUUAAUCGCCAUAUGCGUGGCUGUUUACUACAAGAAUGGAUAUAAAAUUGAAAAGAAGCUAAACAAAGCGACAACGGGUGACUCUCGAGAAUCAACAGGAUCUAAAGUCGACAAGAGAAAUGACAUAAACACUGAUUUUAAAGUUCUUCCUCGACUAAAUGGCGUAAAGGUUGGUCAUGUACAAAAAAGACAGUUAAGCCCUGGAAAGAUUUAUGAAAUAACAACACUUAGCCUUAAGCCACCUGUAUUUGAAAUACCUAACUUUUUAACUGACGAGGAAUGCCAGAAAAUAAUCAGUCUGGCUUCAAUAGAAGGACUGGACACCAGUGAAGUCCAAGACCCCGAAACGGGAAUCAACAUCGAGCCAACCAAUGAGAAAACAUUUCACAGCUGGGACUACAACAGUGAUGGCGUUAUUGAUAAAGUUGAGGUGAUGCAUAAUCUUGUUGACCUCAGUGAUUUAUAUUUCUCUGAAGAAGACGUCGACAAGAUGUUUGCUAAACUCAAAGUAGACAAGAAUAACGAUGGGGUUAUGGACUUGAAGGAGUUUCUGGCAGUAACGACCCACAGAAUAAUGACCAGUCUUCACAGCAUGGCAAAGAAGCUACCUCGUGUCAAAAGCCGAAACAGCAGGCAAACAUGGCUGGACCAUCGAAAAAUCAAAGGCCUGAAUGACAAAGUGGCAGCUUUAACAAAGCUUCCCAGGGCAGUUGUAGAAGAAAGCGAGGAACUUCAGGUUGUUCAUUAUCAUCCCGAGGGACAUUAUCACUGUCACCAUGACUCACAAGACGUCGACCCAAGGGUUCCUUGUUGUGUUUUCCGAGACAAGCGUCACUGCCGUCUUUGCAGAUAUAUCACUGUACUGUACUUUCUAAACGACGUGGAAGAAGGAGGCGAGACUGCAUUUCCAGUUGCUGAUAACGCAACGUUUAGUACCGAGGACUGGGCAAAGAUCACGAAAUUCCGCUGUGAUUUGAGCAGGCAUUGCCACAAAGCCAACUUGUUUGUAAAGCCACGAAAAGGAACAGCAAUUAUGUGGUACAAUCACUUACGUGACGCCAAGACUGGAUGGUACGGGGGGCUAGAUCAGAUGAGCUAUCAUGGAGGAUGCGAUAUCAUCAAGGGCGAAAAAUGGAUCGCCAACAAUUGGAUUAAUAUUCUGGGCGAGUCACGUGAAACUUUGGUUUCCUACAAAAAUCCCAAGAAGAGAAUUAAAUAGCAAGUUCGAGACCGUUGAUAGAGGAUUUUAGCUGACCAGGCAAACUCUGGAAUAUGACUUAAAAACAUACACUGGAUCCAAAAAUACGUACCUCUUGUUAAAGGCUAGUUUUCACUAGCGACGGAGUCAGAGUCUUAGUCGUAGUCGGAGUCGUAAGAGAGCUUAUGACGUGGUGAAAAUCAAACAUCGGAGUCGUAAGCGGAGUCAUAAGCUCGACGGAAUCGCAGUCGGGAGAAUCAGAAUGUUUCCAUUUCUUCUGAUUCCGUAUUACUACCCCGUCGCUUAUGAUCCAGUGAAAGUUAUAGAUUGUAGGAUUCGAAAGCAGAAGCUGAAGAGCCAUCCCCAAUCACAAAGCCCGGAAUCGAACAUUGUGAUUAGUUUAUUCUUCCGCUACUGCUUUCGACUCCGAUAAUCUAGUUUUCAUUGGAUCGUAAUCGACGGAGUUAUAAGCAGAAUGGUUGUUCUGCUUCCGACUCCGUUGGUUUAAUUUUCACUAGAUCGCAUCACUUUUCGCUUCUGAUUACGACUCCGUUAUUUAAAAUCUGAUGGUUUAAGUUACUUACAAAAUACACCUUAGGUGCCGGGUGGCUUAUUGGUGUAAACCUAGAUAAAGCUAUUCAACAAUUGGCUUGAACUUUGAUUUCGGUUUUGUUACUUUUCAUUUAGGUUUUUGUCCCUCGGGUUUGAAUUUGACAGAGCAGUGAAAAAUAGUUUUACACAACAAAGAAUAGUUUAAUAAAUUGAUGAUGCUUUGCAUAGUUUCCGUUCAUUUCUUAAAACAAGACAACAUGAACAGUAACAACUUUCUUUCUGAAAUCGUUGUGAAAGGCGUAAUUGUCCAGAACAAAAAUUAGCGAGGCCGCAGAAUCUCACGUCAAACGAAAAACAACAAAACGGUGAGAUCCCCUACAUUAAGCCUACUACGUAUUGGAAAAAAAAUAAAGAAAUUAAGAAAUUAACAAAAAAAACAUGGUUUACACAUUUUAUUGCUUUGUCACUAAAUUCUUCUAUUGUUAUUGUGGACGGCAACCUUAAAGUCGUCUGAGACUUAUGGACUGAACGAGACCAUUUUUAGUUAUGUGACUGAAAAUUGGCGCGAAAAUGAUCUUGGUUUUAAUUUAAAUUGCAAAUUAUUCAAAGAGCGUGUGCUGUCGCUGCUAAUUAUUCAUCACAAGUUCAGUUUGCCAUCGCCUUCGCUGGUUCUUGCUCCGUUUAUGUAAUCGCUUCGGAAAUGGAAAAGCUUGCUACAAUACCCUGGUAAAACAGAAGACUGCUACGUCCGGACAAAACGGCAGAUAUGCCGCGUGUUCAGGUAUCGAUGUUUGGAGCAAAAUUCAAGUUAAAGGGGAGAUUUUACGCGCACUUUGUGGUGACAGACACGCGUGUUGAAUUCUGGAGACUUGUUUUAGCCCUUCGCUCGCUCUGGUUAUGGCUGUUGACUUGGUGGGAGUUUUUCAGGUUGGUAGUUUAUAGAAACCACUGUUAAAUGGGUAAAUGUUUGUAUUCUUCUCUCGUCGUUUAUCACAUACGCGACGUUGUAUAUUCAGUCGAAGGAGAAACUACUCAGAGCUCUGCAUUACUGUAUGUGACUCGCUGCAGUGUAACGCAGCUGUGGAAAAACUAGUUUACUCGCGAAAGAGCUAUUAUAAAUUUUUGAUUUAGAACAAGCAAGCACAAGUGGUUAUUAUAUUUCAGGGUUUAAUAUUUUUCAUUCUGAACAUACACCCUCUCCAGAACAGACAUGCACUUCUAAUUUCAGCCCGAGUACUGCGUAGCCCUGGUUCACCCCAAUCUUAAACUCUUAUCGCACUCAGGGAAUCUAAAUUUACAUGUAUUUUUUUCUGUCGUUUCAGGGCUUAUUAAGGAUCGUUUUAAAAUUUAUGACUGCUCUGUGUACCCAAAGGUGAGUAUCAUUGAACUCUCGGAAUUACUUAUUUUGUUCUGCUGUAAUCUUGUUCGUUUAUUGUUUGCUGUAAAAGAGGACUAAUUUUCUUCUUUAACUUUGUUCUAUCACCGAAGCAAAUUUUACGAAAAAACCUUCCAUUUCGACGAACAAACAUUGUGCAAGUUCGGCAUGGAGUUUGCGCAUCGAACGUUCGAUGGACUCAAAUGGUAUCUGUUGAAAAGUGUAAUUUUUUUUAUAUAUAGCUAUUGAAAUUGCUUCGUAAUAGUUUAAUUAUAAUAACACGUUCUAUUAAAUUUGCCUUAACCAAAAGAAAGAUGCGACUCUCCCACGAUCACCGGGUAACCUACCCUGCCCUGUCGAGAGAGGGUUAAAGAGGGACACAGGGGGUAUUGAUUACGGUUAGACUACUUCCUUCUCCUGGGAAAUGAAUGUUGAAAAUUCAAGAUGUCAAAUACUUAAAAUAGGGCCGGUAUUUUUUUGGCCGCGAAUUUCGAAACUAGACAGUUUUUUAUCUGAUACUUUUUUUGUGAAUACCAUUAAAUGAACACUGUAAUGUUGUUGCAUCGGUGUUAUAUACGCGUUCAAUUAUUAAAAAUCCAGCUGAAUUGUGUAGGCGUUGAAUUUAUGUAUUGUUGCACGCUAAAUUGUAUUUUGUCGCGAUUUUUGGCGUGGAAUUGUAAGAAAAGCACUCCUAAAAUUGAAGGCUGAGUGAAAACUUUAAACUUUAGUAAACAAAUCGUUAACUGAACAAUCUAUCGUAUGAUAAUUUCUGAGCCAAAAAUGUUACAUUUGAAUACAUUGUCAGGUUAUGUUCUACCACCUGGAACUCUUAACUGUUAUGUAUUAUUGCUGAUAAAGCUCAUUGCCAAUCGUCUGUUGGCUAUUGCUAUAUUUCUAAUGUUGGUCUCUUCUCUUGCAGGAGUGAAGAAAAUGUAUCGCACUAUCAAAAUCUCCAUUGAAGUUUCCUAAUAAGGAUUUCUACGAUUGAUUUUUUCCGUGCUAAAUCCUUGUACAAUUAUUUAAUGAAGAAAUAACACGCUUACUGGACAUUUUUAGCGGUCCAAAUUACGAGAAACAGAAACGAGAUCGCGGAAUAAGGCCUCCAAGACAUUCGGCAAGAGUAAAAAGCGUCAAGUACUUUGGCGAAAAAAAAAGAAAUCUAAGUCUUUGGGCGGGAAUUUUUUUGCGCUUAUAAAAGGGACCGAUUAAUUAAGAAAAAAAAACACUAAGUCUUUUGGCGGGAAAAAAGGCUGCGCUUUUAAAUGGAGUCUCUUAGCGAGUCAAAAAUAAACGAAGUCUUUUGGCGGGAAAAAUCUGUGCAUUUCGCAAACAGAUUUCGCUCAUCAAAAGACUACAUUUAUUUUGACUUGUUGCUAAACCCUGUUUAAAAGUUCAGAAAUUUUUCCCUGCUCGGCAACCCUACAUAGUCAAAAAAUAGUAAAAGAGAUAGCCUACAUUCCGACUAGUUUCCAGGCCCCUUUUAAAAGCGCAUUUUGUUUUGUCUUUCCAUGUAAAUAAAGCAAGACUCAUUUGUUGAUUAGAGCUGUUUGUUUAUUUUAAUUUUAUUGAAAUGUUAAGUAGCUAUAAACUUAUUUAAUUUACAAGUUGUAGUACUUGUUAACUACAUUUCUAAGUACAAAUGGAAAUAAAAUGAAACAAUUUUGCUAAGAACACCAUGAAUAGAAGUUACUUACGAAACACUAAGUAUGAAAAUAAAUUACAAUUCUGCGAAAAACUAUAUACGUAGCAACGUCAUCAAGAGAACACUCGAUCAAAAUUAUAAAUAUUUGAGUAAAGCUGUGUUAUUUUACUGACAAAACUAUCUGCAAAUUAGACAGAAAUGCCUGCUAAACAUUAGUGCAACACUGUACUAAGUAUUCGAAUUCUAGAAAAAAAGAUUAGGUUUAAACAGGCAAAUGAUUGUUUGCUGAACUUAUGAGAUAAUGAAAACAUACAAAUUUUGGUAGAUUAAUUGUAGUUUCAGAAUUGUUAAGUGUGAUUUUCAUGGCUUUAGGAGAAUAAAUCUAGUUUCGUUUCUUUGUCAAAAAGACAACCUAAUAUCAAAUCAUCAAUUGUACAUUGUGCGCACCCAUGUUAUUGAAGAAGACCAAAAACAAAAUAUAAAAGUUAGAUAUAACUGGAUAUUUUGGUCCAUGAACAGUGUCAGUUUUUGCCAGUCAAUAAUUAAGUUUGAUUCCGCUAACAAAAUAGCUUAAAAGUUGUUCAAGAGAGUUUUGUGAAUUCUUCUAAAUCGUAAUUUUGGUGUCACUCGAAUUAACUGCAAGGAAGAAUAAAUAUAAACGUCUGAUGGUUAAAACUACGCUAUACCUUGAAAUGAUUCGCGAAAUUUAUUUCUAAAUUUCGACUGACGAAACGCAACAUCGAUUUUGGCUUAUACUUUCCACAAGCUGGACACGUUUUAUUCAAGUUAAUUUUGCAUAAAUCAGUUCUCAAAAUCAGUUAGGAAAAUUUAAUAUUUCAUCAAGGCAAUAUUGCUUAGUUAAAGAUUAACUUGACACUGGCAUGAUCAUUGCUCGAGAUUAAUUUGAAAAUAGGCCCUUUGCACGAUCCGGUCACAUGGUACGGAAUUUAUUAUGCUGGGACGCAAGUUA